UUGCAGAGAAAAGCCUGCUGCUUUCAGAACCCAAGCUGCAGAGCACAAGGCAACAGUGGUGGUUUAAGACCUGCCGGCUGCCGCUGUAGUCGGAACUACCAAGCUUUUGAAUCUGCCGUGAAAUUCAAAUGUCGUCGGCGUCGCAGUGGCAGUGGGAAACUGCCACCGCCGGCGCCAUCGCCGGGUUCGCCACUGUCGCGGCGAUGCAUCCUCUAGACGUUGUCCGUACGAGAUUUCAAGUCCACGAUGGUCGAGUCUCCAAUCUUCCAACUUACAAGAACACGGCUCACGCCAUUUUCACCAUUGCUCGAUUGGAGGGCUUGGGAGGACUCUAUGCAGGCUUUUCUCCUGCUGUUCUUGGUUCCACUGUUUCAUGGGGCUUAUAUUUCUUCUUCUAUGGAAGAGCGAAACAAAGGUAUUCUAAAAACAGGGAUGAGCAGCUGAGCCCUGGUCUUCAUCUCGCUUCUGCAGCAGAAGCUGGUGCUUUGGUUUCUUUGUGCACAAAUCCUAUUUGGCUUGUAAAAACAAGAUUGCAGCUUCAGACUCCUCUUCAUCAAACUCAACCAUAUUCUGGGUUUUAUGAUGCCUUAAGAACUAUAGUGAGAGAGGAAGGGUGGGCUGCGCUUUAUAAAGGUCUUCUUCCCAGUCUUUUUCUGCAGGUAUCUCAUGGUGCUAUUCAAUUCACAGCAUAUGAAGAACUCCGUAAAGUAGUUGUUGACUUCAAGUCUAAAAAAAGGAGAAGGCAUUCUGGAAGUGCUGAUUCAGUGUUGAAUUCAGUUGACUAUGCAGCUUUGGGGGCAUCAUCUAAAGUUGCUGCCAUUCUUCUAUCUUAUCCAUUCCAGGUGAUGCGAUCUCGAUUGCAGCAACGACCUAGCAGUGAAGGAAUUCCAAGAUAUAUGGAUAGCUGGCAUGUGAUAAGGGAAACUGUACGGUUUGAGGGCGUUAGAGGUUUCUACAAGGGAAUCACCCCAAAUCUUCUGAAAAAUGUUCCUGCUGCUUCAAUAACAUUUAUUGUAUACGAAAAUGUACUGAAAUUUCUAAAAUUUGCUAGAACGAAUGAGUAAGGUCUUCUUUUGAUCCUCAA